AUGACCAGCUUGGUUCAGAGAAGUUUACUGCAAGUUUGCAUUACACUGGCAUUGUACUUCAACAUCUCACAUCCGGUUUGCCUCUUCCAAGGAAUCAAAGUGAACUACCACAACAUGAACUUUCUGUGCAAAAUGGGUGGCUAUUUUUCUCAGCAAUGUCUCAGCGAAACAACUGAUUUCAGAUUCCCCAUGGAGAUUACCAAGGUCACAGAGAAGAAUGUCACAAUGAUCGUCUACGAGUUCCUCCAACAGAUCUUCCAACUAUUCAGCAGAAAUCUUCCUGUUGGUGCUUGGAAUACAAGCAAGAUUGAGAAAUUCCAGAAUGGAAUUCAUCAGCAAAUUGAAGAAUUAGAGAUGUGUUUGUCAGAAGAGCGAUCAAAAGCAGGAAGGAGGUUUCAAACAUGGAUCCUAAAAAGCACUACAUUCAGCAUGAAAAAGUACUUCCAAAGAAUCACCAAUUUCCUAAAAGAUAAGCAAUACAGCCACUGUUCCUGGGAAGCAGUCCAAAUGGAAUUGAGAACAUGCCUUAUAAUUUUUGACAGCCUCAUGAAAAAAACCACGUCAUAA